AUGCGCAAAAAACUGUCGCUCUUCCACAUUUCCACGUGGCUUCUCAUCUCCUCCUCGACAGCAGUACAGUAUCCCUGGACGUUCGACAACGAUCUGUUCGGCGGUGAGUUUUCCUUUUUUCACACUUUCCCCUAGAAAAAUGGAUACAAAAAACACAAUUGAAGUCUUUUCCCCCUCCUCCUCUACUUUUUUGGCUCACAGAAUUCGAAUUUCCGUCUCGGCGGCGCGGCGAGAAUUCACUUUGCGCACGUCUUUUCUGUUGCAUUUUCCGCCCUUAUAGUCUGUUUUGUGCCUCUUCAGACGGUGUUCGUCCCUUCCGAAUGAGAAGUUUCUCUUGGUUUCUUCCGGAAGAAAGUCAAAAAGUCAACCAAGAGCGACUUUGUUGUUGAGCAGUUGCUAAUGUUCGCUUGCAGUAGUCCUCCCUUCCUCCCAUGGCUACCAGAAAGAGUUCUGAGAAGGUCGGCGAAUGCUCGAAUCUUUCUUCGCCACCCUCCCUCCGAAUUCUUGAUGGCCGGGCCGUCGACCUUUGAGAGGGACACUCACAGAUUUCUUCGAACCUUUGAACUCUGCGUCUCUCGCCUUCGCCGGCUCUCUCCAUUUGAUGAUCCUCGAAAUCAGGAGAAUUAUUCAUCAAUUUGCUGCCCACAAGAUUCCCACGAUUUGUCCGUGGGCUCUCGCGAGCUCGUGCCUACUCGCACCUCUUUCGGAGAGUAUCAAACGGCAACAUUCCUUUCCUUGUCGAUUCUUCGCCCCCAUUCCCAUGCAUUUCUUGUGCAAUGAGUGGGCAGUUUUCGUGUCGAAAAGCACUCCGAACUGCCACUUUUCCGAGAGUGCUUCGCCUAAUAAAACGGCAGAAUACCUGGCACAGGAAUUGCUCACAGCAGGCACCUUCCUUUCCGUUUCUAAUCGGAGUCGCGCGGCUGCGGAGGCACUGAAUGUUUGGCCCAAUCUAAUUUCUAGUCAAUUCGGCCCUCCCAGUCGUCUUCCGCGAGCCCGUUAGUCAGCAGUUUUGUUCGCAAAGAAGACACGUCGCUUUCCGUAUUCAAUACUCGGGUAAUUGCCUUCAUCAGUAGUGGAACCGAGCACAAAACGACCAAUAAUAUUUUAUUUUUGCGCCCCGCCCGUUAUUCACUCCUCAGCUCUUUUCAUAGUUUUCCUCAGAAGAUUCUCUGAAAUCUGUAAUAUCAAUUCAGAGAGAGAGAGAGAGAGAGAGAGAGGGUCCUACAGAACCAAAACAACGUGUUGUCUCUCCUUCUCAUUUAGACUCGAGAUUUCCGUUCGACGUUUCAUUUGGUCGCUCUUCCAUCUUCAUCCUCUUUUCGUCACCGAUUCAAAUAUGCAAAACGUGCAAUGCGCAUCGCAUACACAUUUCCGGUCAGAACGGGACGAGAAGGUGUGCCCCGCGAGCCAAGCCAAACACCUUCUUGCCACGUCAUCCAGAGUACAUUCAAUUUAUCUCUCCCUUUUUCGCCUCUACUUUCAAAUGUACAUUUUGCCGUUUCCGACACCAAUUAGCUGCCGAAACUCAUAAAUAAUGUGGGAGUGAACAAGUACUGUGUCAGUCUCCGGAGCAACGUCUUCUUCUUCUUCUUCUUCUUCCUCUUCUUUUAUUUCUCUAUUCUCUUCUUCGCAACACCUUUGACGACUUUCAGAAAAUUUCGGAUAUUAUGAUACCAUGGCUUCUGACAGCCUGUAUAUAUCCUUGUGUUAUUGGUGAGUGUAUGGGGAAAUGAUUGACGAGAUAUUGCCUUCAAACUGAAGAAAAUGAUAAAUGUUGCAGGUCCGGACUUCUGGGGCCUUUUGCACGGAGACUGGCGGAUGUGCACGGCCGGCCAAAUGCAGUCUCCAGUCAACAUAGACCCGGCCCAACUGCUUUAUGACCCCCAUCUGAUGCCGAUUAACAUCGAAGGCAAUAUUGUGAGUUUCCGGAUUCGCGCCCUUCCGGAUAGUGAUUUCGUUUUCAGGUGGAAGGAAUAUUCGAAAACACCGGCCAGUUGCCGAUUGUCACAAUCAAAGAUCUUCCUAGCCGACCGACGAUCAAUAUAACGGGCGGUCCCACAAUGCCGUACCGCUACAAACUGCAUCAAGUGAGUUCAGUGCUCCAGUGAGUACAAGUGACUCAAUCGCUUUCAGGUCACUGUGCACUUUGGAAGCGCCAACGAAGGAGAAAAGGGCUCCGAGCACACGGUGGACCGGGUCAGAUUCCCUGCGGAGAUCCAGCUGCUCGCGUACAACAGUGAUCUCUAUCCCAACUUCACCGUUGCCAUGACGUCGCCAAGAGGGCUUCUCGCCGUUUCUGUGAUUGUUGAUGUGAGUGACACCGAAUAGACAGAUACAGCAACAGCCCAUUCAGAUCGGAAAGACGACGUCAGUGGAGCUGCGGAGACUGACCGUCGCUUCGCAGAGCAUAACCUAUAAAGGUGCGCUUUCAUUUUCAACUUUUCACAUUCUCUUUAUCUUUUCUAGGCCAAAUCACGAAUCUGACUGAUUUCCAACCGGCGGCACUUCUUCCAAAGACGUCGCAUUACGUGACUUACGAGGGAUCUCUCACUUUCCCCGGAUGCCACGAAACAGUCACCUGGGUGAUUCUCAACAAUCCCAUUUACAUUACCAAUGACGAUGUGAGCUAUUUCUACCCCAAAACAGGCGAAUUCUAGAAAUUUCAGUUGCAAAUCUGGAAUGAGCUGCAGAAAACGGAGACGAAACAACCGGAGCCGUCGUUUAUGACUCCCGCUUACCGCCCGUUGAAAUCGCUGAACGGACGACUGCUCCGAACAAAUAUUAAUGUUGGCACGAAGGUAUUUUCAGAAAACUGACUGGAAAUACAGUUUUCGCGUGUUCAGGAAUCGGCCACGUCUUCCAGUUGUCCGUCGAAUGUAUACGUGGAAAUGGGAUAUCGGGCAAACCCGGGCAGGAAUAAAAGGAAUGACUCGGUUAGUAAUUCACGAGUUUAUUUUAUUAUAUUCAAAAGGUUUCAGGUUUCUAGAAGAUACGUCCGUAGUUCGGAAGUAUUCGAAAUCGACAGUAUUCGACCUGAAGAGGCUUCAGAUCUGAACUCAUUCUGA